AUGUCUUCACCAUCGCCGUCUCAUCAAGCCCGCAUUCUCAGCCGAAACAACCUCAUCACGAAUACAUCCGGUAUCGCGCCGGGCUAUUUGCAAGCAAACCUAUUAAUCCUCCCGUCCAAACAUGCCCGCGACUUCCACGACCUGUGUCGUCGCAAUCCCGUCCCCUGCCCUCUCCUCGGUCACACCACUACUCCAGGGAACCCACACCUUAUUCAACCGCCCUCGUGUAUCCAAACCCCUGACUUCGAUAUCCGGACCGACUUUCCCAAGUACCGCGUCUAUCAGCACGGCAAGUACCUCGCCACCCGCACCGACUUGCUCGAUAUCUGGCGCGAUGACUACGUCGGCUUCCUAAUCGGCUGCUCGUUCUCGUUCGAGGACGCUCUCGCGUCGGCUGGUCUGCAGCCGAGACAUCAGAAGACAGGCCGAAUCGUAGCCAUGUAUAGAAGUAAUAUUCCCCUUUUGCCGGCGGGAAUCUUCGCGGGUGGAUCGUGUAUCGUGUCCAUGAGACCGUACCGUGAAGAGGAUAUUGAGGCUGUCAGGGAUGUAACUAGGCCGUAUCUUGCGACGCAUGGAGAGCCUGUGGCCUGGGGAUGGGAGGCCGUGGAGAAGUUGGGAAUUCGCGAUAUCAGUGUGCCGGAUUUUGGCGAGCCGCAAAAUUUUGAGGACGGGGAGGUUCCAGUAUUCUGGGCUUGCGGAGUGACUCCGCAGAUGGCGGUGGAAUCUGCUGGGGACAAGAUCGAAGAUCUGGUCUUCGCUCACGAGCCUGGACAUAUGCUUGUGACUGAUUUGACAUCAGAUGAUCUGCAAAGAUUGUGA